CUGGUUUCUAUGCGUGUGCUUCAUCACACGGACGUGAGCAUGCGCAAUAUUGGCCAGGCGACCAACAUGCAAUCUGCCCCCACGUCCCCCGAGCUUUCCCCAGGGGAUCGUGGCUGAGGUCCCUGAGUGAUUUCUUGAUUGACUCAAUUGUGUGCUUCUCUGGUUGUCUUGCUUUCUUCCUCGCUUUCUCCCUCUACCUCCUUCCUUCUCCCUGACUCGCGCUCUAUCAUGUUGUUUCCUCUAGCAGUCGUGGUGUUGAUACCCUAUGCCACUGCAAUCACCAUCAUGUGGCCGGUGCAGGUCAUGCAGGGGACGAACCGCUCUGUUCAGUGGUCUGGCGGAAUUGUAACGUAGAUUUCUGCAACCACAUUUCCAUCGUUUUCUCAGGCGAUUUCUUCUACUACUCCAAGGAACCUUACGAACUCGAUGUCAACAGGUGUGCCGCCUACGUUACUAAGAUCAAGGACUUGCGAUAAUCCGUUUUCGCCUCUGGCUAGCCUCAACCCAACGCAGAGGCUGCACACCUACAUCGGAAACGACCUUGUAUUGUACUGCCCAACCCAAUCUUAUCUAGCAUCUCUUUGCUGUCGACCCUUGUUAGUAUAUCAUUGUUCUGUAGUUAUCUGGGCUUACCUCUUGAAUUCACAGUCAGCACAAUCUUUGGCUUCUGUAUCUUCAGUCAGCGUAACUUCCCACAGUUCUACUAGUUCUCAGACCUCCACCAACCCACAGCCAACAUCCACACAAUCCAAAACUUCUGGCUUCUCAUCUCCGACACAAACGUCUUCAGGUGGAGGCAAUAGCACCUUUUCGAUAUCGACAAGUGUCAGUCUCCUAAUAAUCUGCGGUUAUACACUUUCUUCCAUCUCUUCAGCCAGUGUGGUUUCCACCAACUCUACAGGCGCCCUGGUAAAUAUUGCAUAUUCUUCAAGCUGGACACUCUCCGUUCAUCCUCAUUACUUCUCCGACCCAACACCUUCGAGCAGGCGCCACGGCACUUGGGCAAUAGCCGUCGGGGUUUCUGUCGUUCUGUUGCUCCUUGGCCUUGGCGCUUUCUUUUUGAUAAGACGACGAAAGGGUCGUUCCAAAGAGAAGGAUGAUGCAUUUGAAAGCCCGCAUACAAUUUAUCCCCAUGUUCACGCUCCAGUCGUCACCCAGAACACAUCAGUGGACGUUGUUCCACCUUUGUACCCGAACGAUGUUUUUGCGCCUUCUGCCUUCCGAGGGACAGCGGGAAGUAUGAUGACGGCACCCACCAACUCAGACGAAGUGUAUUACAAUCGCGUUGUAAUGGGUGGGAGUGGCGGAUACCUUCGGGCUAACGAUACGUCAAGUUAAUCAUCAGCACUGGGGAACUAAUUAUUUUCCAACUCCCUCGCUUGCUAACAUGGACCUUCUCACUUGAUUCGUUCGCUUCGCGUUAUCUCUAUUGCUGCAUUGCUUGGUAUCUGGACUGUUACGUCCUUGAUAUUUUUUUUGAAUGUCCCCCGGCGUUUGGACCGGGCGAAAGGGUUGAUCCUUCGUAUGUGUCUGUGCAACGCGCGCGCGCGCAACCGUUUCGCUGAUCGGUCAUGAUCUGUCGGUGGUACAAUAGUCUACACUCUUGGCCGGAUCCAAUUUUGGUCUUUAGCCCCUCGAUUCAGUAGUAUUAGAAUUGAGUCUUAACAACCAACACUAUGUA